AGCUUAUUCCAGUGUCACCCAGGGUGCAGCCACACCAGGCUCUGCAGAAGGCUGUUUUUCUUUUAAAUGUAAUAUCUUUUCAUAUUUUCUUCUUAAAUAGUAGCUGAGAACAUUUACGUUAUAGAUAAGUAGUACAUGGUGGAAAAUUCUACUUUCAGGAGAACUUACUCUCUUCUUACAAGAGUAAAUGGUGCUAGCCCUCAAGAAAUUGUGGCUCCAGACUAUUUUGAAGUUCUAGACCGGUCCCCUACACAGGACGACAUGAAGGAGUAUGUGCUCCUAGUGUUCUUGACUUUGUGCUCUGCCAAACCCUUAUUUCACCCUUCGUACCUGACACUGAAGAAUAUGAUGCUGAAGGACAUGGAAGACGAAGGUGACAGUGAUGCUAACAACUCUCUUUUCCCAACAAGAGAGCCAAUUAACCCCUUCUUCCCAUUCGAUCUGUUUCCAACAUGUCCGUUUGGAUGCCAGUGCUACUCGAGAGUUGUACACUGUUCUGAUCUAGGUUUGUCCUCUGUCCCAAGAAAUAUUCCAUUUGAUACCCGAAUGGUUGACCUUCAAAACAAUAAAAUUAUGGAAAUCAAAGAAAAUGAUUUUAAAGGACUCAUCUCACUUUAUGCUUUGAUUCUGAACAACAACAAACUAACAAAGAUUCACCCCAAAGCCUUUCAAACCACAAAGAAGUUGCGAAGGCUAUAUCUGUCCCACAAUCAACUAAGUGAAAUACCACUUAAUCUUCCCAAAUCGUUAGCAGAACUCAGAAUUCAUGACAAUAAAGUUAAGAAAAUACAAAAGGAGACAUUCAAAGGAAUGAAUUCUUUACAUGUGCUAGAAAUGAGUGCAAACCCUCUUGAUAACAAUGGGAUUGAACCAGGGGCAUUUGAAGGGGUAACAGUGUUUCAUAUCAGAAUUGCAGAAGCAAAACUGACCUCAAUUCCUAAAGAACUACCUUCAACUUUACUGGAGCUACAUUUAGACUAUAAUAAAAUUUCAACUGUGGAACUAGAGGAUUUUAAACGAUACAAAGAUCUGCAAAGGCUGGGUCUAGGAAACAACAGAAUCACAGAUAUCGAAAAUGGAAGUCUUGCUAACAUACCACGUGUGAGAGAAAUACACUUGGAAAACAAUAAACUGAAAAAAAUCCCUUCAGGAUUACAAGAGUUGAAAUACCUCCAGGACAAAAAAAGGAACAUGGGCUUUUCAAGUCCAGUGUGUGUCCUUUUCUUCUUUCUUGGAGUCAAAGUAUAUUGCCAGUAUGAAAGUUAUCAAUGGAAUGAAGAUUAUGACCAAGAACCAGAUGAUGUCUACCAACCAGAAUUCCAAUUUCAUCAAAAUGAAGAUUAUGGAGUUCCAUUUCAUCAGCAUACUUUAGGUUGUGCCAGUGAAUGCUUCUGUCCACCUAACUUUCCAUCAUCAAUGUACUGUGAUAAUCGCAAACUCAAGACUAUCCCAAAUAUUCCAGCAUACAUUCAGCAAGUUUAUCUUCAGUUUAAUGAAAUUGAGGUUGUGACUGCAGAUUCAUUCAUCAAUGCCACUCAUCUUAAAGAAAUCAACCUCAGCCACAACAAAAUUAAAUCUCAAAAUAUUGAUCAUGGUGUGUUUGCCAAAUUGUCAAAUCUACUACAACUCCACCUACAGUAUAACAAUUUAGAAGACUUUCCAUUUCCUCUUCCUAAGUCUUUGGAAAGGAUUCUUCUUGGUUACAAUCAGAUCUCCAGACUGCAGACAAAUGCUGUAAAUGGGCUAGUAAACUUGACCAUGCUUGAUCUUUGUUACAAUCAAAUUGACGAUUCUACAUUACAAGAAAAAAUCCUUGCGAAAAUGGAAAAACUAAUGCAGCUUAACCUAUGUAAUAACAGAUUAGAAUCAAUGCCUCCUGGUUUGCCUUCUUCACUUAUGUAUCUGUCUUUAGAAAAUAAUUCAAUAUCUGCUAUACCAGAAAAUUACUUCAAAGAACUCCCAAAACUUCAUGCUCUACGAAUGUCACACAAUAAACUACAAGACAUCCCUUAUUAUAUUUUUAAUCUUUCCAACCUUAUAGAGCUCAAUGUUGGACACAACAAACUGAAGCAAGCAUUCUAUAUUCCAAGAAAUUUAGAACACCUAUACCUAGAAAAUAAUGAAAUUGAAAAUAUCAAUGUCACAUUGAUGUGUCCAUCUGUUGACCCACUACAUUACCAUCAUUUAACAUACAUUCGUGUAGAUCAAAAUAAGCUAAAAGAGCCAAUAAGCUCAUACAUUUUCCUCUGCUUCCCUCAUAUACACACUAUUUAUUAUGGUGAACAAAGAAGCACUAAUGGUCAAACAAUACAACUGAAGACCCAGGUUUUCAGGAGAUUUCAAGAUGAUGGUGACAGUGAAGAUCACGAUGAUCACCAUGAAGCCCAAGAAGAAGGAACAGAAGAAAAUGUUGACCCUCACUAUUAUGGAAGUCAAGAAUGGCAAGAAACUAUAUAGGUAUACAUUUAUAACUUCACGAAAUCUUAUUAUUCAGUAUAAAUUUAACUAAAUAUGCAUAGCUCGUAGUAAUAUACCUGGAAUUCUGUACUAGUAUGAGAUCAAAUUGAAUUUAGGUUGUU